AUGGAUCCCACGAUGGGCAAUCCUAUGGUCCCUAUGGCCGCGCAAAUACCAGUACCAGUCGCGCAGCCUAUCCCCAUGCCUGUGUUGACGCGCGAUAGCUACAACUCGCAAUCGCUGGGGCGGUCUCUAAAUGGAAAUGUCAAGCAGGCGCGCGUACUUAUGGUAGGCGCUGGCGGUAUCGGCUGCGAACUCCUCAAGAACCUCGUCCUCACCGGCUUCGGCGAAGUCCACGUCGUCGACCUCGAUACCAUCGAUCUCUCGAACCUCAACCGCCAAUUUCUCUUCCGCCACGAACAUAUUAAAAAGUCCAAGGCCCUCGUAGCCAAGGAGGCUGCGCAAAAAUUCAACCCCGCCGUGAAGAUCAUCGCCCACCAUGCGAACAUCAAAGAUGCGCAGUUCAACAUCGAGUGGUUCAGCACUUUCAGGAUAGUCUUUAACGCGCUCGACAACCUCGAAGCCCGUCGUCACGUCAACAAGAUGUGCAUCGCAGCCGACGUACCCCUCAUCGAGAGCGGAACAACUGGCUUCAACGGCCAGGUACAAGUCAUCAAGAAGGGCGUCACCGCCUGCUACGAUUGCUCGCCGAAGGAGACACCGAAGUCUUUUCCUGUAUGCACGAUUCGCAGUACACCCAGUCAACCCAUUCACUGUAUAGUGUGGGGCAAGAGCUACCUGCUCAACGAGAUCUUCGGAGCGAGCGAGGACGAGUCAGCGUUCGAUAAUUCUAUCGAUGGCAAUAAUGCGCAAGAGAUUGAGGAGCUGAAGAGGGAGUCGGAAGCGCUACGAAAGAUCAGGAACUCUGUGGGAACGGAGGAGUUUCCAGAGAUGCUCUUCGAGAAGGUGUUCACGACGGAUGUUGAGCGUUUGCGCUCGAUGGAGGACAUGUGGAAGACGCGCAAGCCGCCUGAGCCACUCAACUACAUGGAGCUUCUCGAAAAAGCCAAGUCGUUAGACAAGGAGAAGGUGCUGAAGGAUUCUCAAAAGGUUUGGUCGCUGGAAGAGAAUCUAGUUGUUUUCAACGACAGUCUUGAGCGUCUCAGCAAGCGGGUUUUGGAGAGCAAGAACGCUGGCCAGGACGCCAUUAUUACUUUCGACAAGGACGACGAAGACACUUUGGACUUUGUUGCUGCCAGCGCCAACAUCCGCUCAGCAGUCUUUGGCAUCGACAGAAAGUCAAAGUUCGACAUAAAGCAAAUGGCGGGCAACAUCAUUCCCGCCAUCGCGACAACCAACGCCAUCGUUGCCGGUCUUUGCGUACUGGAAGCGUUCAAGGUCCUGAAGGGCCAAUACGAGCAGGCCAAGGAGGUUUUUCUCACGCCGUUUGCUAACGCCCGCAUGUUGGCGUCCGAUAAGUCACGGGAGCCUAAUCCUGAUUGUCCAGUUUGCGGCGUUUAUCAGACGAGGGCUUACGUCGAUUUGGAAAAGGCUACUCUGAACGACCUGGUAGAGCACCUAAUCAAGACGAACUUGGGGUAUGGCGAGAAGGACUUUGCCAUUAGCAAUGAGGUCGGCAUCUUGUAUGACCCUGAUGAGACGGAUAAUCUGGAGAAGAAGCUUUCAGAGCUUGGCAUCAAAUCUGACUCCUUCCUGACCAUUACCGACGAAGACGACGAGGAACCGUUCGUCAAUGUCGUCAUCGCCAUCCAAGAAGCCAAGGAGCCUCUAGGAGACAAGCCAGUCAAGGGUAUUCUCGACCCAGAGGACGUCAAGAUCCCACGCAAGCCCAAGAAGCAGCCACAGCCUGAGCCCGUAGCCACUCCCGCUCCAACCAACGGUAACAGUACAUCAAACGGCGGAGGAGUGAUCGAUCUCGACGGCGAUGAACCGAUGACGACGCCAGCCAAGUCGUCACUCAAGCGUGGCCACCCCGAAGACGCAGAGGGCCCAUCGGUCAAGAAGAUCAAGGCAAACGACAAGGCGGCAGACGACGAUAUCGUCUUCAUUGAGGAUAGCGCGGGUGCUAUCGUUAUUGAUGAUGACUGA